GGUCACGUGCUCCUGUGUUGACUGAGGAGGAAUCAAAUCAGAGCUCUGCAGCACGGGAGCUAACGGCUAACGGCGGAGUUAACGGUCCGCAAAGGAGGAGCGCAGCUGGAGGUUCAACCCCGAAAACCGCCGAGUAUGAGCUAAACGACGGAGAGGCGGUGACGCUCACAGGGUCAUCAGGUGUGUGUUGUAUCUGCAGCAGGAUGCCCAUCCCUCCCCCUCCUCCUCCACCAGGGGGACCCCCACCUCCCCCCACCUUCAGUCAGGCAAACACCAGCCCACCGAAGCUGAACAGGGAAGAGGCCAAAGGUCGCGGUGCUCUGCUGUCCGACAUCUGUAAAGGCACCAAGCUGAAGAAGGUGGCGGUGGUGAACGACCGCAGCGCGCCGCUGCUCGACAGUAAGACUCAAACACCAAAGAGCCAAACACCCCCCACAGAGCACCCAUACAUUCGCUUAUACCAAUACCUACACCAGCAGCAGAGCCAGCCCAAACAGCAGGGGGCGCCAUCCGAGGAGCCGCACGGGACCGAGGACAGCCAGAGUAAGACCUCCGAUGACGUCAUCGGAGCUGCGUGGGAGCAGCCCAAAGGAGGCGGAGCUGCAACAGCAGGAGCCAAUGGGAGCGGAGCGUCCAGUCCGUCAGGCUCUGCUCCACCAAUCGGAGGCCUGUUCACGGGCGGAGUUCCCAAAUUGAGGCCAGUCGGAGACGGCUCCUCUGGACGUUCUCCCUCCACUCGUGCUGCCGCCCCCCGCCCCCCCAGCCAUCGCCAUGACGAUGCAGAGAGCCCCUCCCCUCAGGCGUCGUCGCCGAUGGAGACGAGUCGUUCCCAGCGCCCCUCCCUCCCCAACCUGACCUCCUCCCCGUCCCCCUCCACACCUUCCUCUGCAGGCUCCUCCCCCUCCACUGCCCUCCCCUCCAAACCUCCCCCGUCUCCUGGUAACAGCAGGCGCCCGCCCACCUCAGGUGGAAACCCUGCCUCCACCCCCUCAUCCUCCACUCUGGCCCCGCCCCCUCCGCCUUAUCGCAUCACUAACGGUCCGAGCAGUGGCGGCGAGCCGGCCCCUGAGCUGCCGCAGCGCCACAACUCACUUAGCAACAAGAGGACUGCCCCCUCUCCAGGAGGCCACACCCCCACCAGAGGCCCCGCCCCUCCACCGCCACCUGCAUCACCCACCCCCUCCCAGCAGGGCGCCAACAGGCCACCGCCCCCUGUCAGAGAGCCACCAGGUCGAGGAGCAGCUCCUCCUGUUCCGGUCCAGUCGUCGACGACGAGGGCGGGCGGCAGAGAAGCUCCGCCUCCUCCCCCCUACAGGACACAUGGUAGCCCCUCCCUCUCCUCUGACCCCCCUACCAGAGGAAAGCCUCCACCCCCUCCCACCCGCACCCCCACUGCUCCUCCCCCGCCUCCGCCUCCCCUCCGCAACGGACACUCCUCCUCUUCCUCCUCCAUCCCUCGCUCCUUUGUGGAUGAUUUUGAGUCCAAGUAUUCGUUUCAUCCUCUGGACGACUUCCCUCCUCCAGACGAGUACAGACAUUUCACCAAGAUCUACCCCAGCAAGGCCAACAGAGUGAUGAGAGGAGCUCCUCCACUGCCACCUGUCGGCAGGUGAACCAGGAAGAACAGCACACACCUGGAAAACACACACACAUACACACCUACACUUACACACACACACACACACACACACACACACACACACACACACCAUCCCGUUGGACGUCUUUGGCUUCGUCAUCCUCGCCUUCUCCAUCGCCGCCUCAUCUGCGCUCACAGCUGAUUGGCUGAGGAGAGGGGCAGACCGACCAAUCAGAGAGAGACGGGCGAUUUCAAGGACCAGGAAGUAGGAAGUGACUUAAGAGACGAACAGUGAAGCGAAGAACCUCCUCUGUCACCUGCUGGUUUCACGUCUUAGUUUGCACCUGCACUUUUUGUUUUUACACACGUGAAGCCGCUGCAGAGAAACAACACGGAUGUUCCGCCUGAACACGUGAAGAAGAAGCGUUUGUGUUCUGCUCAGAGAAAACAAGUUUCCCGACGAAGUGAAGCAGAAUUGAACAGACAAUAACUGAUCUUGACACUUAAAGCAGCAGUUCAACAUUUUGUGGAAAUUUUGAACGUAAAUCGAUCAAGAGGAGUUAAUCAGCAGCUGUUCUGAUAAUCGAUUGAAGUUGUUCUAUAUCCUGAUGAGACCUGAUGGAAACAAUGAUCAUCAGUUAAUACAGCAGAAAGGUUCCAUUUACUUUACAAAAUGUGGAACUGCUCCUGUAAUGAUCAGAACUUGGAGGUCAUGAGAAACUGCAGAGACCUGGACCUGGACCUGGUUCUGGAUCUUGAAGGUCCAUAAACUGAAAUCAGGCCCCGUGGCUUCGUGUUUUAGAGUUCGAGGAUGAAAACACUGUAAAUACUCACCUGCUUCUUCGUUAACAUCGCUUAACACACCUGUCCUGGUGAUGUCAUCAGGGUGACCUCCAGCAGGCAGAUGUCAGGUUCUGAGCAGGGCGGGUCUUAAAGUGCCAACACGGACUGAAGUGAGCCAGAGAAGCCCACCUGAGGUCACCUGAGGUCACAUGACUCCUCCUGCUUCAGUGGAUCGUACCAUGUUGGUGAAUUGUAGGGGAGUGAUGGGACAAACCAUCAGAGUCAAACUGAAAGUCUUCCACCUGCAGCGACGACAAACAGAACUUAGUGUCAACUUUAUUUCAGCGUUUUGUGUAUGUGUGUGUGUGCGUACGUGCGUGCGUGCGUGCGUGCUUGUGUGUGUGUAUGUGUGUGUGUGUCCCUUCUCUACAUGCAGUGUUAAAUAAUUUCCCAUGAUUCUCAGCUGUUUAAGCAGAAAAGCAGCAGCAGGGGUUUCAGAAGUGAAUCAGAGUAUUUUCUGAUCAAACACUUCGGUUACAUGAGUAGAUCAUCAGAUUCAUCAAUAAGUUGAAGUAUUAAAAUGUCUUUUUCAUUCUCAGACUUUCAGGAGAUCAAGUUUGAUUUAUCGAGAAUAAAAUCUCAAUGUUGAGAGUUAAAAGUCACAUUUCAGAAAAAUGCUGUUGAUUUAUGUUAAAAAGAGUAAAGAGAAAACUAAUUAAACAAUAAUUAAUGUUAUAGGAAAAAUCAUUUGACAUGUAAAAAGUCACAAAAGUUGGAAAAACUGAUUUCAGGAAAGUUUCAAACAUUUUCAGACCAAACUGAUGUUUUUAGUUUCAGUGUCAUAAUUUUACAAAUGACUAAAACCACAACAACAAAAUGUCAGAGUAAUUUUACUAAUUAAAAAACAAGGAGUCACAAUAUUAAGAGUAAAUUGUGAAAUAAAUCCAAGUGUUACGACAAAAGUUGUAAAAAAAAAAGAAUCAAAAUGCUGCAACUUUUUCUCCUAAAACUAAAUCUUUAUUAUUCAAAUCGUGAUUUUGGGGGUUUAAAAUUUAAGACUUUAAAAACAAAGCAAAAAAAAAAGCAUUUACUUUAUUUAUACAUAGUUUUUUUUAAUGAUAAUGUGACUCAUCAGAAAUUUAAACAUUUCAAUGUAGACUUUUCUCUGUAAUAUUUAAUUUUUGCGCUCACUUUUCCCUCAACAUUGACUUUAUCUGAAGUUGGUUUAGUUUUAUUCUCUUAAUGUUGUGACUUUUUGUAUUUUAAGAUUGAUUUUUGUAGAUUUCUGACUUUUGUCAGUGUUAUUUUCAUGAUAACGUGACUUAUCAUGAGUUUAAAUUUAGACUUUUCUUUAAUAAUACUUGAAACUUUUUUGGGUAAUUAUUGUAAUAUAAUAAUUUGUAUUAUCAUUAUCUUUCUCAUAAUGUGACUUUUUUUCUCAACAUUGACUUUCUGGAUUAAUUUCCGCCUAAUUCUCAUCGUGUUUUGACUUUUUGUUAAAAUUAAUGCGAUCAAACAUUCACAUUUUUUAAAUGAAUUAAGACUUUUUCUCUUGU